AUCAGGGAGCGCCCAAUGGCAACGCUUACCGAGCAAAUAGACCCUCCCUCCCCUCAGGUUGUUGUGGAGGCUGCAGCCCCCGCCUUCCUGCGCCUGGGAGCGCGCGCCGAGUGCGAAGCCUUGUUUGCCCCAAGUUGCCUUAUGUACGUUUCUUUCUGGGGUGGGAAGGCACUAAGCAAGGGAGAGAGAGGCUUGCUUCGAAACGAGACCGGGAGAAAACGAGGCGGGAGGCUAGCCAGUAGGAUGCUGAAGACAAUUAAGCAAGCACUCUUCUCUUCUGGGCUAGAGAUGCCCAAAUGGACACCACUGCCCAACCAGGGUCCUGAUUAUGAAAUUCGACAGUAUGAACCAGCCAAAUGGGUGAGCACAUCUGUUACAACCAUGAACUGGGAUUCAGCUAUCAAUACUGGCUUCACAAAGCUCUUUAACUAUAUUAAGGGCAAAAAUGACAGAGGAGAGACGAUAGAUAUGACUGCUCCAGUGACAUGCUUUGUGCAGCCAGGUGCCGGCCCAUUCUGCGAGUCAACCACAACUGUGUCCUUUUAUGUACCAUCUCAACACCAACAAAAUCCCCCUAAACCCUUGGAGGCAGGUGUCUUCAUUGAGUCCAGGUCAUCAAUUAUUGUAUUUGUCAGAUCAUUUGGAGGAUUUGCCAAUGCGAAGAAGAACCAAGAAGAAAUACUGGCUCUUGCUGAAAGCUUGAGGCGGGAUGGGAGAUCUUUUCAAGAAAAGAACUAUUAUAGUGCUGGCUAUGAUAGUCCAUUCAAAUUGCUCAACAGACACAAUGAAGUUUGGCUUGUGAAGAGAAGCUAAAACCUCAGCGGUGCACAUUAUAGCUGUGACAUCCAACUGUGCCCUUAACAAAAUGUAUUUUUUUCUAACAGAUUCAA